UGCGCAUGCGCCCUGCCAGAUAGGCCAUUUUUGCCCUUAGUUUGUAGACUAAGGGCAAAAUGGCCUCUCUGGCUGGGCGCAUGCGCACAGCGCAUUUCGCCCGUGGAAGCUUCUAGACACUAACAACCUACCUUCUACGCAUGCGCAAUACCAUAGCCCACGCUGUGCAUGCGUACUGAAAAAAAAAAACAUUUGCACGAGGCGUGUGGUGUGUGGGGACUGACAAGGACAACCAGCCAAACAAUCGUUUAACAUAAAGAAUCAAGGCUCAGGGAUACCACAGGUCUCCAGCAGCCUUCUGAGCAAGGUAAUCAAGGCUGUCUGAAUUAGUGACAACAAGUUGCAACUAAACUUACAAGUCAAUCUUACAUUAUUUCUCAAAAUGGAUGGGCAUUGCUCUUGUGCUUUCAUGUUUCCUAGCUUCUUACUACUAUAAUCAGUUUUAUUUUAUUUUUUCUUUGUUGUCAGGAGUGACUUGAGAAACUGCAAGUCGCUUCUGGUGUGAGAUAAUUGGCUCACAAUUAUGCAAGGACCUUGCCCAGGGGAACAACUGGAUGUUUAAUUAUGUUACCAUCCUGUGGGAGGCAUCUCUCAUGACACAGUUGACUGUGUGUAUCAUUUGUACAAAAAGUAAACAGUAUAAAAUAUAUGGAAGCAUAGAUUAAAAUAAGGAAGUGGAUGGGCCAAUUUCUAAUGUGUGUGCAUUCUAAUGUGUUAAUUCUUCCAUCUAUGGAAUCAUUUCUGUAGUAAUGUGAGAAAUAAUUUCAGAUAUGUGAUACAAAUACAUAUUUAAAUAUUAAUUUGUACAUGCUUUCUAUAAAAGUACAUGUUUUCUGUUUAAUCCCUUGUUUUGGGAGUUGUAGUUGGUGAUUUUAUGUUAUGUUAAAAAAUUAAUUGAGUAGGGAGUUGUAGUUGCUGGGAUUUAUAGUUUUAAUAAUUACAUAUAUUAUAUAAUAAUAAAGUAGCUGUGCCCAACCACGCUUUGCUGUGGCGAAGUAUGGUGUUCUGUUCUGGGAAAUAAAGAACAGUAGAGUCUCACUUAUCUAACAUAAACGGGCCAACAGAAUGUUGGAUAAGCGAAUAUGUUGGAUAAUAAGGAGGGAUUAAGGAGAAGCCUAUUAAACAUCAAAUUAGUUUAUGAUUUUACAAAUUAAGCACCAAAACAUCAUGUUAGACAACAAAUUUGAUAGAAAAAAAUUGUUCAAUACGCAGUAAUGCUAUGUAGUAAGUACUGUAUUUAUGAAUUUAGCACCAAAAUAUCACAAUGUUUUGAAAACAUUGACUAAAAAAAUGUGUUGGAUAAUCCAGAACGUUGAAUAAGUGAGUGUUGGAUAAGUGAGACUCUACUGUAUUGAGGAAUUGGUGGUAGUUAAGGUAAAGGGUAAACUUGUUGUCGAAGGCUUUCAUGGCCGGGAUCACAGGGUUGUUGUAUGUCUUUCGGGCUGUGUGGCCAUGUUCCAGAAGUAUUUUCUCCUGACGUUUCACCCACAUCUAUGGCAGGCAUCCUCAAAGAUUGUGAGGUAUCCAUACCUCAUUAAGUCCAGUCAUGUCUGAUUCUGGGGGUUGGUGCUCAUCUCCAUUUCUAAGCCAAAGAGCCAGCGUUGUCCGUAGACUCCUCCAAGGUCAUGUGGGAUGACUGCAUGGAGCGGUGUUACCUUCCCUCCAGAGCAGUACCUAUUGAUUUACUCGCAUUUGCAUGUGUUUGAACUUCUGGGUUGGCAGAAGCUGGGGCUAAAAGUGAGGGCUCACUCUGUUCCCCCAAUUCAAACCUUUCGGUCCAGAAGUUCAGCAGCUCAGCGCUUUAACACGCUGUGCCAUCAGGGGAUAUUAUUUCCUAAAGGUUGUGAAUAUACAAUAUUUCUAAUUGGUUUUUUUUUUUGGCUUUUAGAUGCAAGCAUGAAUGCUGCAAUUAGGGAAAAUGAUUAGGAUGUAAGCCUUGCAGCUUUAAAGCCUGACUGUUUCCUCCCUGAGUGAAUUUUUUGUUGGGCGGUGUUAGCUGGCGCUGAAUGUUUCCUGUGUGGAAUUCCCCUGUUUUCAGAGUUGUGUUCUUUGCGAUAUGUUAUGUGCUUGUACUGUCUGUGGCUGUGAGAAAACAGUGGAUUUAUCAGACUUUGAUGAUGGGAAUACUUUGUUGGGAGGUGUUAGCUAGCCCUGAUUGUUUCCUUUGUGGAAUGCUUUCAGACUGUUGGUCUUUAUUUAUUGUCCUGGUUUUAGAGAUUAUAUUGUUCUGCAUUAUUCUAUCCCAGUAAUUAUUUCAUAUUAAAGUAGAAUCUCACUUAUCCAACAUUCGUUUAUACAGUGUUCUGGAUUAUCCAACACAGUCUGCCUUUUCGUAAUCAAUGUUUUUGUAGUCAGUGUCUUAAAUUCAUUGUGAUAUUUUAGUGGUAAAUUUGUAAAUACAGUACAGUAGAGUAUCACUUAUCCAAAAUAAACGGGCCGGCAGAUUGUUGGAUAAGCGAAUAUGUUGGAUAAUAAGGAGGCAUUAAGGAGAAGCCUAUUAAACAUCAAAUUAGGUUAUGAUUUUACAAAUGAAACACCAAAACAUCAUUUUAGACAACAAAUUUGGCAGAAAAAGUAGUUCAAUACACAGUAAUGCUAUGUAGUGAUUACUGUAUUUAUGAAUUUAGCACCAAAAUAUCACAAUGUAUUGAAAACAUUGACUACAAAAAUGGCUUGGAUUAUCCAGAACGUUGGAUAAGCGAGGCUUGGAUAAGUGAGACUCUACUGUAAUUACUACAUAGCAUUACUACACAUGUAACUACUUUUUCUGCCAAAUUUGUUGUAUAACAUGAUGUUGUAGUGCUUAAUUUGUAUAAUCAUAACCUAAUUUGAUGUUUAAUAGGCUUUUCCUUAAUCUCUUCUUAUUAUCCAACAUAUUCGCUUAUCCAACGUUCUGCCGGCCCAUUUAUGUUGGAUAAGUGAGACUCUACAGUAGAGACUCUACUGUAGAGUCUCUGCUGUACUUAAACAGUUCUCAAGUAUAGCAUGAAAAGGAAUAAUGCUCAAAUGCUUGGUCCAUAACCAGGUCUAGCAAGGCUAUUCCAUGCUAACCAUCAUUUUUUGAUUAUCCAACGCUCUGCUGGCCCGUUUAUGUGGGAUAAAUGAGACUCUACUGUUCUUGGAUGGAGCUGCAGGCUGUAUUUCUGCUGUGUUGUCAUAAGCUAAAAGUUGUUCUGCGUCAGUCCCCUUCCUUAUAUGACGAGUUGGGUUUCUUAGCAGAAAAUGUCAAGCAAGAAGAAGCCAUCGGGAGCAUUUCAUCGUAAAAGGAGGUUGCAGCAUAGCCAAGAAGACAAGAGUCAAGCUAAAGCAUUAAAAAGGUUUUUCACGACUUCACCAUCAUGCCAGACAGGAAAGCCAGAGACAACUAAAUUGACUGAAUCAGAUCAUGCUGAUGACGGAAAGAUACCAAUCUCUGAGCCUCUACCAGGACCAUCAACCAGUCAAGACCUUCUCACUGCAACUUCAGCAAUACCAUUACCACCUUCCUGUAUUGGCAUUACUGGGACUGACACUGAAGAUGUGGAUGAGGAUUCAUUAAGAGAUGCAGCCCUGCCAUCUACUAGUCGGCAAGCUAUUGAAUCGGAACAAAGAAGAGACCCUUUGUUAUUUCUUUCCAAUGAUUGUGGAGAGUGGCCACUCAAAAUAACUGAUGAGGCACGGAAAAUAAUUGUUGAGCGAGGACCACAGCAAGUCAGAGGCAUAAAGUUUCCUAAGGACAUUCAUGGCAGAAAAUUUUCCCCAUUUCAUUAUUCAAGGAAGUUGUGUAAUGGAGAGCGUGUCAACAGAUAUUGGCUACAGUAUUCUGUAUCUAAAAAUGCAGUGUUUUGUAUUACUUGCAAAAUUUUUGGAAACGACACAUCCAGUCUUGCAGGUAGCCAAGGGUUUUCUAACUGGCGGAACUUGAGCAGGCUUUUGAGCGGUCACGAGAAAUCCCGUCCUCAUAUGGAAAACCGUUCAUCUUGGCGUGAGCUCUCGCAACGUUUGCAUUUAAACAAAACUAUUGAUGCAGAGCAUGAAAGACUUAUUAAUGCUGAAAUUAAACAUUGGGAUCAAAUUCUGAAACGCUUGCUAUGUGCUACACGGUUUUUGGGGGUUCAAGGAUUGCCAUUUAGAGGGACAAAAGAUGUUCUAUUUGAACCUAAUAAUGGCAACUUUUUAAAAUUGAUAGAACAUAUAGCACAGUUUGAUGAUCCGAUGGCUGAACAUGUGAGAAGAAUCACUUCCAAAGAAACACAUGUCCACUAUUUGAGUAAAAAUGUCCAGAACGAGUUUAUUUCUUUCUUGGCAGGCAAGGUCCAGAAUAAUAUUUUGGAACAACUACAUGAGGCAACAUAUUAUUCUAUUAUAUUGGACUGCACACCAGAUAUUAGCAACACCGAACAAAUGACGUUGGUGGUUAGAUUUGUUACAUGUAAAGCAAAUGAAGAUAUCUUGAUUAAGGAACAUUUUUUAGGCUUUGUUCCUGUUGCCAGUCCUUCAGGUGAAGGUAUGACAGAAAUAUUACUCCAUGAGUUGGAAGCACGACGUAUUCCAUUAAAAAACAUGAGAGGCCAGGGAUAUGAUAAUGGUUCUGCAAUGAAGGGAAAACAUGUUGGAGUCCAGAGGAGGAUCCUUGAUUUAAAUCCUAGAGCCUUUUAUGUACCAUGUGGAAACCACUCCCUGAACUUGGUCAUAAAUGAUGCAGCUAUGUCUUGCAAGAUUGCAGCAGACUGUUUCGCCACCGUACAAGACCUCUAUAACCUUUUUUCAGGUUCCCCAGUAAGAUGGGGUACUUUGUUGAAGCAUGUUUCAACUCUCACACUCAAACCACUUAGCAGUACUAGGUGGGAAAGUAGAAUCGAAGCAUUGUUGCCUUUGAGGUUCCAUAUUGAAGAAGUAUAUGAUGCCGUAUAUGAAGCUUCUCAUGAUCAGAAAUUUGAUGGACUCUGUAGGAGCCGUGCUGGUGCUCUUCUUAAAAGACUGCAAAGCUUCACAUUUCUGUGCAGCAUAGUGACAUGGCAUGAGAUCCUGCACAAGAUAAAUAUUGUUAGUAAACAGUUGCAAAAAGUGUCAAUCGAUCUUCAAAAUUCUAUGGCUCUUAUUAAGAGUGUGAAAAGUUUUCUAGAAAGGAUGAGAUCUGAAGAAGGUCUAAAUAGCAUCAUUACAGAUGCAAAGGAACUGGCAGAAAAAAUCGAUGCUACUGCCGACUUUGAAAACGAACAGGAAGCUCGACCGAGAAAAGUAAGCAGACAAUUUUCGUAUGAAUGUAAAGAUGAAGCUGUACAUUCUGGCAAAGAGUCUUUUAAAGUGAACUUUUUUUUUGUUGUGCUUGACACAGCAAUAUCCUCAUUAAAGGAGAGAUUUCAGCUAAUGGACAACCAUAGUGGAAGUUUCAAAUUUCUGUAUGACAUUUCAAGCCUUGGGAAAUGUUGGAAUGAAAAAGAAUUGAAGUACGCCUGUCAACGCCUUGAAACUGUUUUGACAGAUGGAGAAGACCACGAUGUGAAUGCUGGUGAUCUGUAUACAGAGCUACAAUUACUUGCAGAUAUGCUUCCCCCUGGAAGUCUCCCAGCUGAUGCCUUGUCUUUUAUAAAUCAUGGUUCGGAGGAUGUUUUCCCAAAUGUCUACACUGCAUUGAGAAUUCUGUUAACACUUCCAAUAUCCGUGGCCAGCGGUGAAAGGAGUUUUUCAAAAUUGAAACUUAUAAAAAAUUACUUAAGAUCUACUUUGAGUCAAGAGCGCUUGAGUGGACUAUCAACCUUGGCCAUUGAAAAUAGCUUGUUGGAUGACAUGGACACAGAUUCCCUAGUACAUGAGUUUUCCAAAUUGAAAGUCAGAAAAAUCAGGUUUUAAUUUUUACAAGUGUUCAAGUUAAUUUGUGUUAAGGAAAACUGGAUGUUAAAAAAUUAAAAUUGUUGCAAAGUUUAUUAAAAUAUUUAUUUAUUAAAUUAUUAUUAUUAUUAUUUGUGUUAAGGAAAACUGGAUGUUAAAAAAUUAAAAUUGUUGCAAAGUUUAUUAAAAUAUUUAUUUAUUAAAUUAUUAUUAUUAUUAUUAUUAUUAUUUAUUAAGAUUGGAGUUAAUUCUAUGUAAUGUUACUAUAUGAACAUAAUGUUGUUAAUAAACUUCUGGUUGUAAGGAAAACUCUUUUAUCCAUUCUAUUCACCUCUACCUUCUACCUUUUAUUUCUCGGUGAUUGGGGGUUUUUUUUGGGGGGGGGCACCAAAAUCCUGUUUCGCU